CGCAGGUCUAGACUCUAGAUAGUGGACGUGCGAUAGUCUCACUCUGGUCUCACUGGCACAAAACUGACUUCUCCGACCCCCGUGCUUGCAUUUCAUUCUCAGCUGGGAUUUCGGAAGCAAAAUGAAGUGGAUUGCGCCCUUCACAGUAGGCCUACUUCUGGCCGUUGGUUCGGCGCAGGCGGGAACGAUUGGGGAUUUUGUCAAAAAGAUAGCUAAUCUGUACGGCCAUCAUGAAGAACCGCCUUACGAAGUGACCAGGAAAGAGCCUGGAUACGAAGAGCGAAUAUACCCACCGAGAAGAUGGGUGUGUACGAUGAGGGAAAGCCCAAACUCAGAUGUCAUGGACGGCAUGUUCUGGCGCCUCUACAAGUACUCCACUGGACUCAAUGAUGCAGGAGCAUUAAUAUUCAUGACCGCCCCGAUAACGACUGAAUACAGGGUUCUUGACGCAACCAUGCGCCAGUACACCAUGUGUCUCUAUCUUGGUGAAAAGUACCAGAGAAAUCCUCCAGCGCCCGAGGAUAUUGCAGUUUUCAUUGAAACCAGAUGGGAACUCGUCAUCCUCACAAGAACCGUCGGAGGAUACUUUGAAACUGGUGAACAGUGGCUGGAAGAAGCAGGGAAACUCGCUGCCGUGAUCGAAAGUAAUGGAGAAAGCGCGUCCCUUACUCAUCACUACUGGGCCGGUUACGAUGCACCGCUGAAGUUCUGGAAUAGACGUAAUGAAGUUUGGUUCCCGAAGCGUCGUUAAAUGCGGUCGUGGAUUCCAAAGCGUACAAGCUUUCGACCGCUUACAAAGGCCUAAUCAAAAUCCAGUUUCAAAAACUUUCUUCACUCGGUACACCCACAGACAUUUAUUAAUGGAAGGAUGAAAUACAAUCUAAGUUUCAGUCAUUCCCAUAAGGGUGUUUACUUCACUAAAUAAAAAGAGAACAUUA